UAAUCCCUAUCGAUGGAUUUUUUAUCUUUUAGAUCGAUUCAGGAUGGAUGCUCAAUCAUCAGUGAGUGAAUUCAAGGGCAUUCAACCCUUGGAAUAUUUUCAACAACACAUCGAGAACGGCAUCCGUGUGGAUGGUCGCCGGAGUCUUCACGAUUUCCGACCCGUGACGAUCUCUCAAGGAACCAUUUCCAGUGCCGACGGUUCUGCUGUGAUCAAACAGGGUAACUCCGUCUUUGUGUGCGGGAUCAAGCUCGAACUAGCGCCACCCAACCCCAAUGAGCAGAAUAAAGGUUUUAUCGUGGCCAACGUGGAUUUACCCCCUCUCUGUCAUUCACAGUUCAAACCAGGACCUCCCAGUGAACAAGCUCAAGUGGCUUCGAAAUUUGUGAAGGAGGUGUUGGAGAACUCCGGUAUUGUUAAGCUCGAGGAUCUCAAUAUCAAGGAAGGAAAACUGUCUUGGGUGGUCAAUGUGGACAUUAUGUGCUUAAAUCAUGAUGGCAAUGUCCUAGAUUGUGCCUUGAAGGCGUUAUUGAUGGCCUUCACUGACUUGACCCUCCCCGAGGUCACCCUUCAAGAGGACGAUGAGGCCGUGGUUGAAACGGGUGGAAAAAUCGUGGUCAACAAUGAGAAACGCUCCAAGUUGACACUUCAUUCCAAGCCCAUAGCUUGCUCCAUGGCCAUUUUUGACGAGAAGAUCCUAGUGGAUCCGACCGAACAAGAAGAGGCUCUGGCUGAGAGUCUGGUUACCGUGGUCUUGGACGCGAACUCUGGAGAUCUUGUGCAUUUCUACAAGCCAGGUGGCUCUUCGAUAUCGCGGCAAAAAAUGCAAGAAUGCACGGGUUUGGCCAAAAAACAGUACAAAACCAUUGCCAAAUCCAUCGAUCAAGCUGGGGUGGUGACCAAAAUGGAUUCCAAGCAAUCGAAAUAAAAGAGAACCCUUUGC